GGGGUGAUGGAGUUUCUUUGAAUUUUGGGGGUGAAGGGCGAAAUUAUUGUCACUUUUUUCUACAAAACACACAUUUUUCACCGUUUGUUUGGUAAAAAAGCCCCCAAGAAUUUUGUGUUCGUGAAAUAACCCCAACGUUGACAGCUGCAGGUAAUUUUGGGUUGUGAUGGGCUUCUGAGGUUUCAAAAAGUGAAUAGUGCGAUUAUCGUUAAACAUGGGUAUUAUUUUUGGUAAAAAGAAGCCACCGUCUCGGAUAACUCAACAAGAUAAGGCUGUUUUGCAAUUGAAGCAACAACGAGAUAAACUGAAACAGUAUCAAAGGAGAAUUGAAUUAACUUUGGCGUCACACAGAGAACUGGCCAAAAAAUUAUUAGAAAAAGGACAAAAAGAACGUGCAAAAUUACUACUUCGGAAGAAAAGAUUCCAGGAAUCAAUUCUAGAAAAAACUGACAACCAGUUGGACAAUUUAGAGCGCCUAACGCACGAUAUUGAGUUUGCUCAAGUUGAGUUACAGGUGGUAAAUGGGCUUAAGCAAGGCAAUGAAGCGCUUAAGAAAAUCAAUGAGGCUCUAAAUAUUGAAGACAUUGAAAAGAUUUUAGAUGAAACUAGAGAGGGAGUGGAAAAACAAGAGGAAAUUAAUGCUUUACUGAGUGGUGGACUAACUGAAGAAGAUGAGGCUGCUGUAGAAGAUGAAUUGGCGGAGAUAAUUAGUCAGUCUUUGCCAACUGUUCCCAUACAAGAACCUGAACCAAUGGAGACUGGUGAAGACAUACCAGAAACACCUGAAGUACCGGAAACGCCAAUUAAAGAAAAAAGCAAACGACGAGAACCCGUGGCUUUGGAGGCCUGAACCCAAUUUUUGUACGCUUAAUUUCUUGUAAGUAAUUUUUUAUUAAGCAAAUGAAUAAAUUUUAAUAUAAGGCUGUAUAAAAA